GCUACUGCAGAGCUGUGUGUGAGAUGGACAGCGACGCUGUGAGAAAUCAUGGUUUCACUAACUCUGCAUUUCAGAAUGAUGAAUCAAUACCUAAAGAAGAAAAGGAUCAGGAAGCUGUCAGAAAUAGAAAUCACAAUGGAGAUGUAGUGCAUAUUGGUCAGUUUGACAUAUAUGAUGACUGUAUGCCUCAUCAAGAUAUAUUUAAACCAGAAUCUGAUGAAGAUUUAUCUAAAAAGAAAAGCUUUGUGGAAAAACAUUAUGAAGCAGUAUGUGACUUCUUCAGGAAACACAAAACUGUGAUCAGAUAUGUAAUCUUUGGCAUUUUGGUGGCAGGUUUCCUGGCGAUGGUGAUCGUGGCUUGCGUUCUGAACUUCAGAAGGGCUCUGGCACUGUUUGUGCUGACAGUCUUGGUCAUCUUUUUUGUGUGCUGGGAUUUAUUCAUGGACAGAUAUGAAGGAAAAAUUGCAAAAUUCUUUUCUCCAGCUGGUAGAUUUUUGAAGAAGCAAUGGUUUUGGUUAAAAUGGGUGAUCUGGAUAGGUCUAAUUGCUGGUAUUAUAUGCUGGCUUAUUUUUGACACUGCAAGAAUGGGAAGCAGUCAGCUCAUUUCCUUUGGUGGACUUGUGAUGUACAUUCUCUUAAUGCUCAUCUUCUCCAAGCAUCCAACUAAGGUACAUUGGCGCCAAGUGUUUUGGGGAAUUGGACUUCAGUUCCUGUUAGGACUCGUUAUUUUAAGAACAAAGCCAGGGUUUGACGCAUUUGAUUGGCUUGGUAUACAAGUACAGACAUUUCUGGAAUAUAGUGAUACUGGAGCCAAGUUUGUGUUUGGAGACAAAUACAUUGAUCACUUUUUCGCUUUUAAGGUUCUUCCUAUUGUGAUUUUCUUCAGCACUGUUAUGUCCAUGCUUUAUUAUAUUGGAUUUAUGCAGUGGCUCAUUAAAAAGGUUGGGUGGAUAAUGCAAAUUACAAUGUCAACAACGCCAACAGAGUCACUGGUUGCAGCUGGAAAUAUAUUUGUAGGGCAGACCGAAUCUCCUCUUUUGAUACGUCCAUACUUAAAAGAUUUAACAAAAUCUGAAAUUCAUGCUGUUAUGACAGCAGGCUUCGCAACAAUUGCGGGAAGUGUUCUGGGAGCAUAUAUUUCAUUUGGAGUGUCCUCUUCCCACUUGUUAACUGCUUCGGUGAUGUCUGCUCCGGCAGCAUUGGCUGUUUCCAAACUUUUUUGGCCAGAAACAGAACCUGUAAAAGUUAAUAUGAAAAAUGGACUUGCAUUGGAAAAAGGGGAUGCUAGAAACAUUUUAGAAGCUGCAAGUCAAGGUGCUUCUGCCUCUAUUCCUUUGGUGGCAAACAUAGCAGUAAAUUUGAUGGCCUUCCUUUCACUAUUGGCUUUCUGCAAUUCUGUCCUCUCCUGGCUGGGAAAUAUGUUUGACUAUCCACAGCUGAGCUUUGAGGUAAUCUGUUCUUAUGUCUUCAUGCCAUUUUCUUUCAUGAUGGGAGUGGACUGGGAAGACAGUUUCAUAGUCGGAAAACUUAUCGGUUACAAGACGUUUUUUAAUGAGUUUGUUGCUUAUGAAUACUUAGCUGGACUAAUUACAAAGAGAAAACAAGGUGGUGCUCUCUAUAUAGAUGGAAUAAAGCAAUAUAUGUCGGUUCGUUCUGAAACUCUUGCAACAUAUGCUUUAUGUGGAUUUGCAAACUUUGGCUCUCUGGGAAUUACGAUUGGAGGACUAAGUUCAAUGGCUCCAAGCAGAAAAGGGGAUAUUGCAGCUGGUGCCAUCAGAGCAAUGAUCGCUGGCACCGUGGCUUGCUUCAUGACUGCCUGCAUUGCAGGAAUAUUAACUGCUCCGGUUUUACAAAACACUUGCCAAGAUAUCUUACAAAAUGCCUUCUUUAAUUCAUCGAUUUUGCCAGAAAGGACUGUAGCAAUAAAUGACUGCUGCCUGGAACUUUACAAUCGGACUGUUGUUGGUGGUCCAGGAAACUUUUCCAUUGGAGGAAAUUAUAGCUUGGUCUCAUUGGAUGGCUGCUGUAAAUUGGUGGAUUCUUCUUCUUUUAAUUGCACUUUGUUAUCUCCAUUUCAUUAGAUAAGUCACUGGGCAAUUGAGAAGUUAUGAAAGAGACUGUUACCUCUAAGGGAAUGUGUUUAAACAAGUAUAAAUAUUGUUCUCUUACAAUUAACAUUUUCUUAAAUAUCAAUUUCAAAUAUCAAAAUGAAAUAGUGGCAAAAUAGUGAAUUUUUGCCAACUUGCUAAUUCUUCAUUGUGUAUACUUCCUGUUCCUAGAACACCAAUAGGACCCCCAAGACUUGGCCAUGUGUAAACAGUUGGAAUGGCAGAUUUCAGUUUGGCAGACUAUAUUCUAUACUUUUGUACAUCUGUCUGUCUGUCAUUUCUAAACAUCAUUGGAAAUGUAGUUCACAAACUGUCAAAAUGUGCAGUGAUUAACAAUUAUUCCCUUAUAUCAAUAAACAUUACAUAACCUUUGAGGCGGGCUUGGAGGUUGUCUUACCACAAGGGGGUAUCCUGUGGUCUGGUUUACAAGAUUAAAUCUAGGAAUGUUCCCCUUGAUGUGCAAUGAGUUCCUGUGUAAUAGAGCUGUCACCAGUGGCGGACCUACCGCGGUCGCUGGGGUCACAGCUGUGACCAGGCCCGUCACUCCAGGGGCCCCGGCCGCACUGUGAACCCCUGCGACCGGGUGCCUGCCGCCAUGUGUUGUGGCCCCAGCCUGCGCGGUGUAACCUCCGGGGCCAUGCUGUUAGGGCCAACCGAUGGAAAUACAUUUUUCCAGGGGCUUGGUCAGUGCUGCGCUUUAACAGAGCGACUGGGCCCCCUCUGAAGAUGUCAGACGCUGCCACGCUGGGAGGAAGUGACUGCCUUGGUCAGUCCUCCCAGCAAACACCGGGAGCCGGGUGGGAGGAAGGAGUCAGAGUGCGUACUCUGACUCCCAUCAGCCAGAGCCACUGGACCCCAGGGAAAGUCACCCUCCUGCACCUAAAAGGUAGGAAAAAGGAGGGUGACUUAAACAUUUUGCAUCUGUGUGUGUUAGUGUGUGUCUGUAUGUAUGGGUCUCUGUGUGUAUGUGUAUGAGUGUGUGUGUUUGUGUGUCUACAUGUAUGUGUCUGCAUGUGGGUCGGAGACAUAUGGGGUAGACGUAUGGUGGCGGGGGGUAACUGGUUUCUAGUUACGCCUCUGGCUGUCACACUGGAGUGCCAAAGCUGUAAUUAUCCAUAAUGGUCUGGCACUUCGAAAUGUCAACUGACUGACGUUUUUUUUUCACUGUCAUAAAAUGGCAGUGAAAAAAAAAUAACCAUUAUCACACAAAUUGUAGAACAGUUAGUGUGUUAAACCUGUGAUUUCUGCACAUCUUUUUGAUACUCAACUACUUUAAUUUAAUUAUGGGAGCAAACCGUCUCCUUGAUCCCUGGUCACUAAAGAUUGCAGCCUCAAAUGCGUGCAAGCCCAUUCAUGGCAAUGCCACCAGGUGCCUUAGUAAGUAGGAGAUAGUGUUUGUAAAUAUUGUUUAUCAACCAAACAGUGAAUUGUGUUUGAAAUAGAAAGUAUUUAGAUGUUUAUAUUUUUAAUGUUGCCAAUUGAUUUUUAUACACCGCUCCCAAGAUUUGCUACAAAUCCCUUUGUCAGUUAUUAAUCUAGACUCCAUGGUGCAUGUAGCAUUAAUAACUCACAAAGAAAACAUUGUGAGAGAUAAUUGAUGAAAUGUUACUGUUAUUUGUCUUAUGUUUGUUUAUUACUAAUCUUCUGUUGAAAUGUGAUUGAGGUGGCAGCUAUUCUGGCUCUAAAAAUGUUUGAUGGUAUUUUUGUUGUGACUAAGGUGUCUUGCCUGCACUGAGCUUGUGGGUAUCUUUAAAGUAUUUUAAGUCAAUAUACCGAAUUGCUCUGCAGUAAAAGAGCUCCCAUGCUUUCUCAGUGUUAUUUCAAUUUCUUUAUAGAAUUUUUAAUCAUAAAACAAUCAUGGGCAUCUGCAAAAGGUGUAUUCAGUCAUAUUCUGAUGCAAGAUUAAUUUGUACAUCAAGCCCCCAUUUUAGAUCUCUUCUUAUAUGUAUAUAUACAUGAGGCUAUUAUUGGGAAAAAAGAAUGGUAUAUUUUAUGUGAUGGUUUGUGUUUUGUGUAGAUACAAAAAUGUUUUUUAUGACUAAGUAAUCACUAAAGGGUCAUGUUUUAUAAAAAUAAAAAAUCACCCUAAUAAAAUGUAUUAGGGUAUUAAAAUGUAUCACACAGUUGCAUUGUCCACUUAAACAAAUUUAGACUUUUUACACUGGAAUGCAAGGGGGUUUAUGCUCAAUAAACUUUGAAUUGUAGUGAAUUGAAAUCCAAACGGCAAAAUGUAUACUGAUCUAAAAACAUAUUUACAGAUUAUCUAUAGCCACAGCUUUGUUAUGGUAGAUUACAUUUUACAAUUCAGAUUAUAAUUCACUUCAACUAGAGUGUAAUGAACAAACACCAGAAUGUUAAAUGGACACAUCACAGUUUACUAAAAUAACAAGACUGUAAUAUAUAUCUGACACCGCAGAAUAUUUAUUCUUAAUAUUGUUAAAGGUAUUACUUGUAUUCAGCAAUUUCUGUAUAAUA